GCCCUCCAGCUCCAGCUUCAUAGCUAACUUCCCACCAAAGAUGCCGCCGAAGCGACCAAAAGUCGUCGUACAUCUCGCACGAAUACUCCCCGCCUCCCACGCCCUACGCCCACCAUCUCGACGACCAAUCCAACCUGCCCGCGCCCAAGGAGCCCGUCCCAGCUCGCCCGCCCACCGCCGCGCCUCUCUCGAACCGCUCGUCGAUGGUCAUGUCCGACGAAGAAGAAGAAGACGACAACAACGAAGAAGACACCACCAACUACCUCUACACGUCAUCCGCACGCACCCCCCUCUCGCGCGAAAACUCCGAAGCCGCGCGCUACCUCCGCCAGUUCCAAUCCACGAAUCCCGCCUGGCACGACUACACCACCACCCCGACGACCGCACGCCCGCCCUUCUCCACCCGCGCCUUCUCCUCCAUCACAACAACCACCACCACAACAACAACAACACCAACAACCCCCUCCCUCUCCCACACCCCCGCCUCAACAGCAAGCUUCUCCCUCCCCUACCCCUACACCCCCGCCGCCGCAUCCCGCUCCUCCUCAUACAACUACAACUACAACUACAACUCCACCCGCCCGCUCCCCCGCCGCCACGCCCCCAGCUCCUCGUCCUCGUACUUUGCCGCCUCGUCUGCGCGUUCCGUCGACCUUGUGACGCCCUGUACGACGUUUAGCUUUCCGACUGCUACUACUGGUGGUGCUGGUGGUGCUGGUGCUGGUGCUGGUGGCGCUGGUUGUGGACCGGCUAGUCUGCAGAGGCUGUAUGCGUUCAAGACGAAGCCGGCCGAGGCGCAUAUGACGGUGGGCGUGGUGGUUGAGGGGGAUUUGCUGAGGUAUGAGAAGGUCGGGGUUGUGCCUGGGACGCCGACUGCGCCGGGGAGUUUGGGGAGGUUGCUUGGGGGGCGGGAGGGGGCUUGAGUUGAUGGGGUGAGAGGGGUGUGGCUUGUGGGUUGUGUGGCGUGCAUGAAUGGAUGGAUGGAUGCAGCUGCCUGACCUGACGCAUGAAUUUGCUUUUUUCGUUCUUCGUCUUC